GGGGUUGUUACUUUCAGCCGUGUUUUGCGGCCGUGUGUGUUUCUGCGGGGUAUGUUGGCACAGUCUCCCUAUCUCUGUGGCUGUUGGUUUCUCAGCUUUUGUGGCCCCAGAUAGCUUCCUUGGAAGUAAUUUUUUAUUUUGCGUUUGUGUCUGCUUCCUGUUGUGUAUCGGAUUGUACGAGCCCAGGUAUCAGGAGUUGAAAUGACAUAGAAAAGUAUUCAAAGCAUGGACUGUGAAAUGAACUCCUACUUGAUACUGAAAGAAGGUAAACUGAAACUUCAGAAAUGGUGACCUGCUCAUUGGCAAGUUACAGUAAAAGCACACACAAGGCAACUAAAUAAGGACUGUGGUGCGAGGGUUUCCUCAGAUAAACUGUCCAAAAGAACUAUCUUGGAGGCUGUUAUAUUAAAUUAUUGCACUAUGUAACCCUCCCUAAUGCAGCACUUCUGCAUAUGAAAUGCUUCAAAAGAAGGAACUGGUGUGGCUUAUUUGUGACUGAAGCGAAUUACAUUGGACAUAAAAGAGUAAUGCAGGGUGCAGAGGGCAGUGCAGCUUGAACAAUCUUACCACACCAAUGGAAAAAACUUCUGGUUUGCAGCAAAAUAUGACAUCUGUAUUUUUGCUCAUUGGUCAUCUCAUUGUACUGAUACCUCUCUUCAGUGCUGCAAAAGGGUGUGUUAUUUGUGAUUACUUUGUGCUUGUUGGAGAGCCUACAGCUAUUACUUGCCCAAUAAUUACAUUGCCAGUGCUUCACUCUGAUUACAAUCUGACAUGGUAUAAAAAUGGUAGUGCUACACCAGUGACCACAGAGAGAGAUGCCAGGAUCCACCAGCGAGAGGGCUUGCUUUGGUUUAUUCCUGCAAUGCUGGAAGAUUCUGGGCUUUAUGAAUGCAAUAUAAGGAGCCUUAACCACUCUAACAAAAGAACCAUAAAUUUAACAGUUUUUAAGAACGAUAAUGGUUUGUGUUUUAAUGGAAAAAUGAAGUUUGAACAAAAAGUGACAAGCAUGAAUACUGGGAAGAUUAUAUGUCCUGAUCUAGAACAAUUUAAAGAUGGAGACAAUAAUCAGCCUGAAGUACACUGGUAUAAGGAGUGUAAACCUGGAUUUCUUGAAGACAAGCGACUUCUUUUGGCAGAGGGUGAAAAUGCUGUCUUGAUUCGUAAUGUAACUGUGCAAGAUAGAGGAAACUACACAUGCCAUAUGUUAUACACAUAUAUGGGAAAACAAUAUAAUGUUUCAAGAACCAUAAGUCUAGAGGUUAAAGAAAAACCACUGCAGAUACAACCAGAGUUUAUUUAUCCAAGGAACAAUACAAUUGAAGUAGAACUUGGCUCUCACGUAGUCAUGGAAUGUAACAUAUCAAGUGGCAUAAAUGGCUUGAUUCCAUUCUGGCAAGUUAAUGAUGAGGAUGUUGAUAUCUUUGAUAAAACCUACAGGGAACAGUUUUAUGAAGAGGGGUUGCCUCAUGGACUUGCUGUAUCUGGAACAAAAUUUAACAUUUCAAAAGUGAAAGUAAAGGACUAUGCUCACAAAUUUUUCUGUCACUUCAUAUAUGGUUCUCAACAAUUUACAGCCUACAUCAAAUUGGAAUACCCAGCUCGAAACAUUCAGGGAUACUUAAUUGGAGGAGGAGUUUCCUUGGUAUUUUUAGUAUUUUUUACUCUCUUUAUCUACAAGAUCUUCAAAAUCGAUAUUGUGCUUUGGUAUCGGGACUCCUGCUAUCCUUUCCUGGGUAAAAAAGUUUCAGAUGAGAAGAUCUAUGAUGCUUAUGUUCUGUAUCCAAAGAACAGAGAAAGCUGCUUGUAUUCAUCAGAUAUUUUUGCUCUGAAGAUACUGCCAGAGGUCUUAGAAAGACAGUGUGGAUAUAACCUCUUCAUACUUGGGAGAGAUGAUUUACCAGGAGAAGCUGUGAUCAGCGUUGCUGAUGAAAAAAUCCGUCAAAGUAGGAGAGUGAUAAUUGUUUUAGUACCAGAGUCCUCCUGUUACAGCAUUCUGGAAGAUGUGUCUGAAAAGCAGCUAGCCAUGCAUAGUGCUCUUAUCCAAGAUGGCAUUAAAGUAAUUCUCAUUGAACUUGAAAAAAUACAAGAUUAUGCAACCAUGCCAGAAUCCAUCAGAUAUAUUAAGCAAAAGCACGGGGUUAUCCGAUGGAAAGGGGACUUCUCAGAAAGGUCCCACUCAGCAGGUACCAGAUUCUGGAAGAAAGUGCGUUACCAGAUGCCAUCCAGAAAAAGUGGCUCUUUAUCAGGAUUGCAUUUGUUACCAAAAGACUUGAAUUUGCCUUAAAUAACAAAAGAGAAAUGACACUUAAUGACUGAUUCAGUUCACAGAGCUGGUGAUGGAUUGACUGAAGGUCGCAUGUAUCUGUUUUGUGCAAUCUCAUCCAAAUUUACUGGAGUGAAGGUACUACAGCUUUAUCUACAGAGGUGAAUGUUUUUUACUUCUGGCUGGAUCAACAGAACACCUUGAAAUACCAUCAGUAGCACAUGUAGGAAGUACACAAGUACUUUCCCAAGAAUGAUUCUGUGAAAUUCUCUUGUAUUAAAAAUGGAAGAGCAAAAAACUGUCAAAAAAUCCAAAUCAAUGAAGAAAAUUUGAUUUUUUUCCCCCUGCAAUUAAAGUUUUAAUAUGAAGGAAAUUAUACUAAUUAUAAUUGUGAUAUUACAUGAUGCACGUGGUUGGUGCCAGUAAAUGUUUGUUUCUUUUUUUUUUUUUUUUUAAUGAAAUGACACAAACCUUUUCUUUGUUACAAGUUUUAUUUGCCUUGUUCAGUUUGUGGAAGGAUAAAUCCCCGUGUUACUGCAUCAGUGUGUUAUCGUCCAGGAGAAAAGGUAAGAGACAAUCCCAGCCCUCCUGAAGUGCUGUCAACCUGCUGUUGACAAAGCUUAAAUACUCUUCCCUGAUCUUUUUUACAUUUGAAAGAACAAUGCCAUUUUUAGUCAAUUGUCACAUGCAGACAUUGUAAAAAUACCUUUGUAAUCUGUAUGGAGUCAAAAAAUUCAUCUCCAGAGAACUUUUUCUUUCCAGUUAAAUGGCUUAAUAUAUUUAUUUACCCAAGUGGAACAAUUGGCUAAUGACACAGAGUUUGUCAUAGGGGGUACAGGAUGAUUGACUUCAUCUACCUUACCUUAAGGACCAUGUCAAGGGGUAGAGAGAGAGAGAGAGAGAUGCCCUGUGUUACCCCCUGCAGCUGCUUGCUUUUCUCCUUUCCCUCUGCUCUGAUAUGUAAGGAAUCUGAGAUGACUGUGUGCUGGAGGCUGCAGUCAAGGCUUUCCAAACAAAAGGGAAAGGAAGUUGUGUAAAACUAAGUUGUUAAAACUUAGUGUGUAUGUUGAACCCUUUCUCUCUCAUUUUGAAAUAUUUUUAAUAGUAUGUAUGCCCCAGCUGUUAACUCUAGAGUUACGUUUGACUUGUGUGUAGGCAGUGAAGUAGUUUGCCAUGAUCAAUUCUUUUUUUGGGGCAGGGAAUUGAUUUGAUUUAUUUAAAAAAUUAAUCAGGCCUCUUUAAUGCUAUAUUUAUAGCUAUUAAUUUUAGAGAAACAGGAGAUGAGAGCCAAAUUGCCCAUGUAAUUUCAGUCUGUCCUUGAAAGUUAUGCUUUUAGAUUGUGAGAUCUUGUUGGAUAGGGAAGCCUCAGGAAUUGACUGUUCCUGCCUUUAGCUGCUGCUUGCAACUCUGAAUUUCUGUGUGUCUAUCAGCUUCUUUCUUGCAGCACCUUUUUCUCUCCCCCCAUUCAAACUCCAAUCUAUGUUUUCUCUUGCAGCUCCUUUGAAACAAGCAACUUGCUUUUGUGUCAAACUCCAUCAAUUUCCAAGCUCUGCUUGAAGGCUGUUGCUGAUACAGUAUUAGGCAGAAAUUUUCCCUCUGGUAUCUCCACUUGUUUGUCUGAAAAAAAUAAUGUUCUGCAACCUUCGGAAUUCAUCUAUUAAUUUACACACUACAGUGUUGGCUUCUUUCAUGGCUCAAGCAAUUUUCUUAUGCCUCCAUCCUCAGCUAAAAAAAAGUGUUCUGGCUGAUAAGUGACAAAACCAGUGGAAAUAGGUUCUUCUCCCACCUAAAUUGCUUUGGUUUCCUCAGUGUGUGCUGGAAACUUGAAAUGGUGCUUUUGAGAGACAGUGCCUUCUGAGCUUUGUGAGUUGUGUGUAUGUUUGGCCAGAAUGGAAUAAGAAUCGCUUUGUUUCAAGAGAGGAAGGGGUAGAAGUGCAUUUGAAAUGUCAGUCUAAUUCAAACCCUCAUGGUACUGAAGUGUUUUAUUGAUGAAUGUCAUUUAUGUACAUGCUUAUGCAGAUGCUCAUAGUCUGUUCUCAUUCUGUGUUUUAGUCACAAGAGAAGUGUCAAGGGAGGAUCAGUCCUAGUCAUGAAGUGCCACAUUUAUUUAGCUGUUGCACACAGUCUGCCUUUAAAUAUGGUGUGUGUUCAAUGGCAGCCUAUAGUAGGGUAAAACAGCCUUGAGAUCCAUCUGAAGUUACUGAACACCAUCUGAACGAGUCUAAUUGUUAUGGUUCCCAUUGACAGAAGAUUUAAAUAGGACAGAAGCUGUAUGGUUUGGUCACAAAACUCUUCUGCAAGAAGAUCCCUGUAUCAAAUGUGAAGCCCAGACACUGGCAUUAUGUUAUCUGUACUCUGAGAUCUAGGGUGUAACACUGACUUUGUGCUUUCACCUUGACAGCUCACAGUAUGCAGGCCAGCCAACAGAGUUCCAGUGACCUCAAUCCUCCUAAUUACUUCUGCUGACUGGAAUAGAUUGAAAGGAAAACUGUUACUUGUUAUCCUUACCUUUAGGAAUGGAAAGUUAUUUUCUGAGCCAAAAUAGUGUUCUUUAAAAAAAUAUUUGUUCCUUUUGGUAUAUUUAUACAAAGGAUGCUAAAGUUUUCAUGUGUGUUUUGUAAAGGCACUUUGAGGAAGAGUCCAUUUUUAAAUUUAAUAAAGGCACUACGUAUUUUUUUCAUA